AACAUAUACUAGAUUUAAUGAAGAAAGGGAUGCAUUACUUGAAAAGUCAAAAAUGUUUGGCAUUCCAAUGGGUAUAAGUAUGUGUGGUGGGUAUGGCUUUAUGGCAUUUGAGCAAUCUAGUCUUAGUGUAUCAGCAAAUGAACCCUUAGAUCCUCAAGAGGCUAAAUGGAUUUCAGACAUAAUGAGAGGUGGAUUGAUAUUGGCCAAAAAUGAAUGGAAAGGUUAUGGAGGUCAAUAUGACUUUACCAUGGCAAAAUGUGAAUUCUUCAAUGCCGGGGGAUCAGUUAAAGAUAGAAUUGGCAAACGCAUGAUUGAAGAGGCCGAGAAGGAAGGAAUAUUAAAGCCUGGUUAUACAAUUAUUGAACCAACUUCUGGUAACACUGGAAUUGGACUCGCUUUGACUGCUGCUAUAAAAGGCUACCGUACUGUCAUCACUUUGCCAGAAAAAAUGACUCUUGGAGCAGAAAUUGUUCGUACUCCAACUGAAGCAGCUUGGGAUUCGCCUGAAUCACAUAUAGGAGUGGCAAAUAGGCUCAACAAAGAAAUUCCAAAUUCUGUUAUAUUGGAUCAAUAUAAAAAUCCAUAUAAUCCAAUGGCUCAUUAUGAUCACACAGCCGAAGAAAUUUUAAAAUCUUGUGAUGGGAAAAUUGAUGUCUUUGUUGCUGGUGCGGGCACUGGUGGAACUUUAACAGGAAUUGCUAGAAAAUUAAAAGAAAAAAGUGCUGGUACUAAAAUAAUUGGUGUGGAUCCUCAAGGAUCUUUACUUGCUGAAACUGAUGAUUCAACUGAAGUCGAAUCAUAUUUGGUUGAAGGUAUAGGAUAUGAUUUUGUUCCUGAAGCACUUGAUAGAAGUUUAAUUGACGAAUGGGUCAAAUCAAAUGAUAAAGAUUCGUUUAUAAUGUCACGUAGAUUGAUUCGAGAGGAAGGCCUUCUUUGUGGCGGUUCAUCUGGAUCAGCAAUGUGUGCAGCUAUCAAAGUAGCCAAGUCAAUGAAAAAGGGACAGCGAUGUGUAGUGCUUUUAGCAGAUAGUGUGCGUAACUAUAUGUCAAAAUUUUUGAAUGACGAUUGGAUGAAAUCACAUGGAUUUGUCGAUGAAGUAACCAAAAAAGAAGAGGAGAUCAAGGUUCAAAAAUGGGGAGGUGCAACUAUUAAAGAUCUCAAGUUGAAACUGGCUAUAACUAUAGAUUCAAAAUCGUCAUGUAAAGAAGCUAUUGAGAUACUACAAAAAAAUGGAUUUGAUCAACUACCUGUUACCGCGUCCCAAAAUAAUAUACUAGUUGGACUUAUUACUCUUGGUAAUUUAUUAUCAAGACUAUCCAAGGGAAUGGCAACAUCUGAAUCACCAGUUGAAAAAAUUAUGUUUAAAUUUAUUAGGAAUAAAAAUUUCGAAGAAAUUACAUCCGAUACACCGUUAGAAAAGUUAACUAAAUUUUUUGAAACAAAUAGUUCUGCUGUAGUGACUGAGCGAGGAGAAGAUGCCUAA